UUAAUCGAUAAGACCCACUUUUGAUGCGAAGAAAAAGAAAACUUUCUUUACUGAAACCCUUGAUUUACUUAAGCUUCAACAACCUGAGUUUGAAUUCACAGACAUUUCUCAUUUAGACUCUGACUCUGAAAUGGACUCCGACUCUGAUUCGGACUCUGAAUGAUCGUGAUGAUUUGGAGUGUGAUUGUUAUUAUGACAUUAAUUUUAGUUUUAUGAAUACUUGUCUUUUUAUUUUUUUAAGAUUUAAGAUUUUUUUUGUUUGUGUUAUGUAUGUAUGUUAAAUCAAGUCAAAUAAUUGUCACUUAAAUAUAUAUUUAUCAUAUAUUGUCAUGGCCCUAUUCAUAUUCCUAUUUUUAUUGCACUAGAUAUAGACGCCAAGCUGGCCUAAACUAAAACUUUUGAUAAUUACAAAAAAAAUGUUUAAAAAUUAAAAAAAAAAUGUUUCGCACCUCUGGCCUUAUAAUGCAAUAUAUCAAAAAAAUUCAAAUAAUUCAAAGAUUGACUCCCUGAAAAAUAAUUAGGGCCAAUUGUGCGAGACCGGAGAUAUGCCUUUUUAUUCGUUCAGCUUCAUACAAAUUUUUGAAUAAAAAUUUCUCAAUGAGCCGUUUAUGAGUAUAUACUAUAAUGAUACAAUUUUAAAGUAUGUAUGUGGUCUUCCGAAAGAUAUUCAUGCAUAAAAGUCAUCACUUUCGAGGUUACUAAUCGGAUGUCUAUGAAACCCGAAAUCCAUCCCACAGUGCGACGUCUGCCUCCCAAACGCUUGUUGUAAACGAAAAAGUAGAAGAGCUUAUAGACUAAGUUCAAAAAAGGCCAGCGUUGUACAAAAAAGACUUGAAACAAUACUCUGAUAUAAAUCUUAAGAAAAGAUUAUUGGAGAAAGUUGAGUUAUGUGGUGUAAGUUGAAUUAUGGGUCUAAAGCCAAUAGAAGUUUCAACGAAAUAGCUAUCUGAGUUUACAAAUAUCUGGAGAAUUUUUUUUGCUACGGCUGAAGACCUCGAUGCGGUCUUUUAUUCAGACAAUUGUACCGGACAACAAAAAAAUAAGUUUAUGAUCUCAAUGUACACUUACGCAGUCGAAACUCUGCUAAAUAUGAGAUGAAUAACACACAUGUGCCUCAUAAGAGGUCAUACGUAGAAUGAGGGCCAUUCAGCUUACUCUCAAAUAGAGAGAGAAGUUAAAAGAUCAGGACCAAUUUAAACACCUGACGCAUUUAUCGGGGCUAUAAAGGAGGUACGGAAAAAAAUGUGACAUAUCUGUGGGUAAUUUUCACGACAUGCUUGUCGUUGGAGUUUAUAGAACAAUCCAACAAAGAAAUGGAUUUUACUAAUGUUUCAAUACAAUCACUAAAACUAAACCUUACCUAAACUAAACUUUUAUCACAUAAGAUUUAAGAGCCGUAUAAAUAUAUAAAUAAAAAUUUAGAACCACACUAUUCCUAAUAUUUUGCCCUCAUUAUGUCCCAAGUGUACCUAUUUUAUUUACAAAACAAACUCAAAAAUCACUCUAAUCAUAUUCGAGUAGGUUGCAUUGUUUAAAGAUAUUAAAAAUUAGAAUAUUUAUAUAUGUUUCACAAAAAUAGUUGGCAGUUGAAUUAUGAACGCAUUUUAAAUGAAAUACCAACCCUACCAUUACUUUUAACCCUUGGCAUGCCUGGUAGGGUCUGUCAGACCCACACCAACGCGCGAACCGUUGUAGUUCGUUUAAAUUUGAAUUUCGCGCCUCACCGUUUUUAGUAGCUGACCGUUACUAACCGCGGCAUACCUACCGCCCGCUUCCUCAGUCCGCGGCGAGCUACGAGCGUAAAAGGACGUGCGUAAAGAGCGUGCGGGUCCCACAGACCCCACCAGGCAUACGGCGUGACUUUAUUUUGUAAGUAUUUAUUUUUCUUUUUUCUUAUAAAUAUUGGCAUUUGUCCGUUAAAUAAUAUUAGUUUGUACAUUACAUUAUUCUAUUAUUAUUUUUUCAGUUUAAUCAUGAAUAAACAAAUAACAGACGAGGAUAUAGCCGGAUUAUUAUUCCAAGAGUUGGAUGAGGAAGACUUAGUUGCAUUUGAUUCAAGUGGAGAAGAGUUUGACGUCGCUCUAGAGGAUGAAGAAGCUGUUUCGGAGGAGGAAGAAAAUGAUGCAGGCUCCACCUCUUCGGAUUCUGAAAUGGAGGUGCCUCUGUCCAUCCUUGCUACUGUGCCUACAGAAGAAACUUACAGAGGUAAAGAUGGAACAAUAUGGUUUAAAAAUCCACGUAGACCUAAUGUACGAACACGUAGUGAAAAUAUAUUGACGGGCACUCCGGGAGUAAAUGGUCAAGCAAAAAAUGCAAAGACUCCAUUAGAAUGUUUUGAACUCUUUAUAAAUGAUUCAAUGUUGUCAUAUAUUUUGUGUCAUACCAAUACAAGGAUAAAAAAACUAGAGAGAAUUCAAAUGCUUCUAAUGAAUAUUCAUAUUGUGAUGUUUCUAUGAUAGAACUUCGUGCCACAAUUGGUCUUAUUUUUUUGGCAGGGCUUUAUAAAUCGGCUAGACAAAACUUACAAGAUCUGUGGUCCAAUGAUGGCACAGGCAUUGCUUUUUUUUCAAUGACAAUGAGUCUAAGAAGAUUUUCUUUCAUUGUCAAUCAUCUGAGAUUCGACGAUGCCAAUUCUCGUGAAGAAAGAUUAGCACAAGAUAGAUUGGCACCAUUUCGUAAACUAUUUGUAGAUUUUGUUGCUAAUUGCCAAUUGCAUUAUACGCCUUUUGAGAAUCUAACGAUUGACGAAGAACUGGUGGCAUUUCGAGGACGUUGCAAAUUCCGUCAAUACUUACCGAGUAAACCUGCCAAAUAUGGAAUUAAAAUAUUUGCGCUUGUAGAUGCUUCUACAUAUUACUCCUUGAAUUUAGAAAUUUACGCAGGAGAUAAGCCCCAAGGAGACUAUAAAGUCAGUAACAAGCCACAUGAUGUAGUUGAUCGUCUUGUGACACCGAUUUCCCGAUCAGGACGCAAUGUGACAAUGGAUAAUUGGUUCACAAGUCAUCCUACUUAUGAAUAUUUGCUAAAUCAUCAUAAACUUACGGCAGUUGGUACAAUGAAAUCCAACAAAACCUGUAUACCUGAAAAGUUCAAAGCCGGGAAGCGCGAAGAGAAUUCGUCAAUGUUUGGAUUUCAACAAGAUUUGACUUUAGUAUCUUAUGUUCCGAAACCCCGAAAAAAUGUUUUUCUGCUGUCAUCUCUCCAUCACCAAAUGGAAAUUGACGAAGCUACAGGCGCAAAGCAGAAAUCUGAGAUCAUAAGUUUCUACAAUCGGACAAAGAGCGGCGUUGACAAUGUCGAUAAACUCAUACGUUCUUAUGAUGUGUCGCGCAACUCAAGAAGAUGGCCACUGACUUUGUUUUUUUGGAUGCUAAAUACUGCUGCAAUCAAUGGCAAAGUUAUCCAAAUACUUAACAUUCCAGAAGAUAAGAGCUAUCGAAGAAGUUUCAUAAAGGGUUUGGCUUUAGCGCUUCUUGAACCACAUUUGCAAUCAAGAAAAUCGAAUAUUCGCCUUUCCACUGAUCUUCGUAAAAGAAUAGCCGAACGCACAGGUGAUCAAGGUUGCCCACCGUUGAAAAAAUCAACUCCUGGAAUAAAGCGAAGAUGCCACGUUUGUCCCGCGAAAAAAGAUCGGAAAACCCAGUACAUUUGUGAGACAUGUAGGUGUCACAUUUGUCUUGACCACUCGAUUUUUCAGUGCGCAAAGUGUUACCAAACCAAAGCUUUACAGAGUGUAAAUGCAAGUGAUGAAGACUAAUUAUUUUGUUAUUUAGAUUAAGUAUAUGAUAGUGCCUUACACUGGAUUAAAGUCUGAUUAUGAUCUCAUUACUUUUGAUACUAAUUAUAUGUUAACAAAGUUAUAGUCACGAAAUGUUGCUUAAAAAUGUGAUUUAAAGUUUAAUUUCAAAUAUUUUAAUAAAGUUGAUUAAUUUCUAAUGUGUUUUUUUUUACUUUCUCUUUUUUCCCUUUAAGCAUGCGUCUUGAAUCAUUAAAUCACCUUACAUAAUAAAAUCUAUAGAAUAAAAUGCUAUUUUGAAAUCGGGGUCUGAGAGACCCACCAGGCAUAGCGUGUAACUUUUGCCCACCAGGCAUGCCAAGGGUUAAAAGUUGUCACUUAUGUCAAUUUAUCAAAAUCGCGAAGGAAAUAUAAUACAGGUUACCAGGUUACCAAUUUUACUUUUCAAUUUACAUACAUAGUAGCAAAUAUUAUAAGUAAGAAAAUAUAUAAAACAAAAUAGUUAACCCCCCGACUUAGAGCACCCCGACUCCGAUAGGUUAGGUUAGAAGGGGAUGGCGGGGUCAUUUGAGCGAGCGAAUAGACCCCGCCAUCCCCUUCGUGGUUAUUUUCUUAUAGGCUUAUAAGAAAAUAGGGAGUGAAGACUUAAGACUAGAAGUCUGUCCAGAUAAUGACAAAUAAAACAUGUAAUGGAGGGGACAACAAUUCAUACAGAUUAUUGAAGGGCUUAUGACGGCUUGGGGUAAAAUGAUUACAUUCAUAAAAAAAGAGAAUCAUUCAGACCCAGAAAAUCUAUUUGUUGCCCAAAAUGUGACUCAUACCCAAAGAAUGGAGUGCCAAUGAGAAGUCGUGAAGAGGUUCUUCAAAAAGGAAAGUUAUAACCACCCAGCGAACUUUUGAGACAUCAUAGUAGAAUAUAGGGGAGAGUGGGGGAAUUGCAGACGCGUGCUAAAUACGGACUAGCAAAUAUCUACUCAUUCCCGCCCCCCCCCCCGCGCGGCAGCCCGGUGCUGUCAUCUUUUUCUUUACGUCAUUUUAGUGCUACGCCGAAACUUACGUACGACAGCCAGCUGCGCACAGUUUGAAAGGUACGUAAAAUUAAAAAAAAAAGUGUAUAUUGAUCUAAUUUUUAGUGUUUUUUAAUUCGAGGGACAGGUCUGUAUACUAAGUAAUAAUAAAAAGUGAUAUUUUCUAUGGAUAGCUCUGUCAAUAAAGUUUGCAUCGAAAAUGUUUGUUUUUAUUGCACGCUUUCAUAACCUACAAAUUUCUCUCUUUGAUUUAAAAAUACCCAGUUGGGUUAAUUGCGGACAAGCCGGAUGUCCGCAAUUACCCCGAAUCAGUUUUAGAUGCCUCGGAAAUAUAUAAGAAAAAAUGAACAAUCAUACACCAUCGAAUCAUUACAAAAAGCUGUGCAAGAAAUAAGAGAUAAGAAAAUAACUUUUCGUCAGGCGGCAGAAAAAUAUGGUAUUCCCAGAGCUACUUUGUUUAACCAAGUGAAAAAAGGAAGUGUUUCUACAAUACCAAAGAGAGGUAAAAAAAAACCGUUUUUAACGAAGUACAAGAAAACGAACUGGUUAAUUUUAUUUUAAAGUCAUGCAAGGCUUUCUUUGGGAUAACAAUACCGACUCUAAGAUGGCAAGCUUUCGAUUUUGCCACCGCAAACAACAUAAAACAUAAUUUCAAUAAAGAAACUGGUAUGGCAGGAAUGGAUUGGUAUUAUAAUUUUUUGGUUAGACAUCCAAAUAUAUCACUUCGUAGGCCUGAAGCUACUUCCAUUAAUAGAAUUACCGCAUUUAAUGAAGAAGAAACCGAUAUAUUUUUUGUGAAUCUGAAAGCUCUCAUGAUUAAAUACAAAUUUAAAUCUGAUUCAAUUUACAAUAUAGAUGAAACUGGGAUUAGUACAGUUCAACGCAAUUCCAGGAUUCUUGCACCAAAAGGAUUGAAAUAGGUUGGAAAAUGUACCAGUGCAGAAUGUGGAUCUUUAACUACAGUUGUGAAUUGCUUUAAUGCUAGAGGCUCAUACAUUCCACCAUUUUUUAUCUUUAAAAGAAAAAGAAUGAAUGCUCAGCUUAUGAAAGACAGUAAUAGCAACAUGGUAGCUUGUGUUUCAGACUCUGGUUGGAUCAAUGAGUCGAUAUUUGUAGAUUGGCUCCAGCAGUGGCGUAGCGUGGGUGGGGCGGAGGGGGCGGCCCGCCCCGGGCGGCAGCCCGCGGGGGCGACAAAAUGUCGCCGUUGAAGCGGGUUGAGAUCUGAUCUAUGAUUCAUUCAUUUCAUUACACAGUAUAAUUUUCCAUUUUUAUAUAAAAUUUUGCGCACAAAGGAUUUUUUAAAA